AUGGUCAAGAAAAGAAAGAACAACGGCCGCAACAAGAAGGGCCGCGGCCACACCAAGCCCAUCCGCUGCAGCAACUGCUCGCGAUGCACGCCCAAGGACAAGGCCAUCAAACGCUUCACCAUCCGCAACAUGGUUGAGUCUGCUGCCAUUCGCGACAUCUCGGAUGCCUCCGUCUUCGCGGAGUAUACCGUCCCCAAGAUGUACCUGAAGCUGCAGUACUGCGUCUCUUGCGCCAUUCAUGGCAAGAUUGUCCGUGUCCGAUCGCGCGUGGGCCGCCGCAACCGCGCCCCCCCGCCGCGUGUCCGCUACAACAAGGACGGCAAGAAGAUUGUGCCCACGACCCCUAAGGCCUAG